CCAACCUCACCGAAUCCCUACGUUGCAUACAAAUAGAUCCGCAUGUUCUCCCGCGUCUCACACAUCGCGCGCCACUUCUCGCGCUCACUACCAAACUACGCACAUACGUCUGCAGCUGCGGGCGGCAUGUCGGGGACUAGAAUGAUCCGUACGGCCGCGUGCCUGAUUAUCGGGGACGAGGUGCUGGGGGGGAAGACAGUAGAUACAAACUCGGCAUUCAUGGCCAAAUGGUGUUUCUCCCACGGCGUCGCCCUCCAGCGCAUCGAGACCAUCCCCGACGACGCCGACACGAUCGCCGAGUCCGCGAAACGCCUGAGCGCCGCAUACGACUUCGUCAUCACGAGCGGCGGCAUCGGACCUACCCACGAUGAUAUCACGUACUCCUCAUUAGCAACAGCAUUCGGUGUCCCGCUCGUGCUGCACGAGGUCGCCUAUGCGCGCAUGCGCCGGCUGGCGAAACCGCACAAGUCGCAGCCGAACUUCGAUUGGACUGUAGACAGCGAGGCGCGUCGGGCCAAGGAACGGAUGGUGCUGUUGCCGCUGGCUGGGGAUGGGGGGGAGGGGAAGGAGUGGAAGGACCAGGUGCUGUUCCCGGUUGAGGAGCUGUGGGUGCCGGUUGUGUGUGUGGGGGGGAAUGUGCAUGUUCUUCCUGGGGUGCCGAGGUUGUUUGAGAAGUUGCUGUUGGGUCUGGGGGAGUUGUAUGGGGAGAGGUUGGGGGAGGAGAUAAGGAGGGUGAUGAUUAGUACGCCGAUGAGUGAGAGUGCUGUGGCGCCGUACUUGGAGAAGCUACAGGCGAGGGUGGAGGAGAAGGGGGUGAAGGUUGGGAGCUACCCGAGGUUCGGGAAGGGGUCGAAUACAGUGACGCUGGUUGGGAGGGACAAGGCGUUUCUGGAGAGCUUGGUGGAUGAGGUAGAGAAGAAUGUAGAAGGAAAGAGGGUGUUGGUGGAGGGGGAAGACGAUGUCGAGGGGGUAGUUGAGCAGGGUAGCCAGUGAGUAUACGGGUAUCUAUCUGGAAGGGGGGGAGGAUGUGAUUACGAAAGAGAAAGCCUUGUCUAGCUAGCCCACGUGAUUUGAGAUUUGAGAUUUGAGAUUUGGCAAGAAAGACCAGCCUUGUCACGCGUGUCGCGCCUGCCGCCUGCCACCUGCCAUGCCUGCCUGUCACAGCCGUGUGAGAGAUUCUUCUGACAUCUGAGCUUGAGAUGAAGAGAAAAAGAUUGGGAAAGGAAAGGAGAGACGAUACAUGGAUACAAUGGUACGCUGGUACCCUUAGUUCGAUGGGCGUUUCAUGUUCACGCUAGAAGGAAGUGACAUCGGAACUAGUGACCUAUAAUAAAGUAGCUCCCCCGCAAAAAAUGGUUCUAUUGGAACUUAAUUUGAAGUAUCGACUGCCCAUUAUCUUAGAAAAUGUGGUCUAGAAGGG